AUGGCCGGGCCAGGGUUCGGGGGCCACCCCACCGGGCCGCUCCUGCCGCUGCUGCUGCUGCUGCUGCUGCUGCCACCCCUGGCCCUGCCGGAAGAACCCCUGGUUUUCGUGGCUGUGGUGUUCCGCCAUGGUGACCGGGCCCCCCUGGCCUCCUACCCCACGGACCCCCACAAGGAUGUGGUCUCCGCCCUGUGGCCCCGUGGCCUGGGCCAGCUGACCGGGGAGGGCGUCCGCCAGCAGCUGGAGCUGGGCCGAUUCCUGAGGAGGCGCUACAAGGCCUUCCUGAGCCCGGAGUUCCGGCGGGAUGAGGUGUAUGUUCGCAGCACCGACUUCGACCGCACCUUGGAGAGCGCCCAGGCCAACCUGGCCGGGCUGUUCCCAGAGGCGGCGCCGGGGCGCGCCGAGGCCGACUGGAGGCCCAUCCCUGUGCACACGGUGCCCGUGGGCGAGGACAAGCUGCUGAGGUUCCCCAUGCGGAGCUGUCCGCGGUACCACGAGCUGCUGCGCGAGUCCACCGAGGCCCCGGAGUACCAAGAGGCCCUGGAGGGCUGGACGGACUUCCUGGCACGCCUGGAGAACUUCACCGGGCUGGCACUGGUUGGGGAGCCGCUCCGCAGGGCGUGGAAGGUUCUGGACACCCUCAUCUGCCAGAGAGCCCACGGCCUGCAGCUCCCGUCCUGGGCGUCCCCUCACGUCCUGCGGACGCUCGCCCAGAUCUCGGCCCUGGACAUUGGUGCCCACGUGGGCCCACCCAAGGCGGCGGAGAAGGCCCAGCUGAGUGGGGGGAUCCUGCUGGACGCCAUCCUGGCCAACUUCUCCCGGGCCCAGCGCCUGGGGCUGCCCCUCAAGAUGGUGAUGUACUCGGCUCACGACAGCACCCUGCUGGCCCUCCAGGGAGCCCUGGGCCUCUACGACGGCCACACGCCGCCCUAUGCCGCCUGCCUGGGCUUCGAGUUCCGGAGACGCCUCAGGGACCCUGGCGCCGACGGAGGGAACGUCACCAUCUCCCUCUUCUACCGCAACGACUCCGCCCGCGCGCCCCUGUCCCUCAGCCUCCCCGGGUGCCCCGCGUCCUGCCCGCUGGGCCGCUUCCGCCACCUGACGGCCCCGGCUCGGCCCCCCGCGCAGGGCAUCCCCUGCUAUGGCGUCUAUGAGCCCGCCACCUCCCCAGCCACCGCGGUGCCCCUGCUGGCUGGAGCCGUGGCCCUGCUGGCAGCGCUCAGCUUGGGGCUGACCUUGCUGGCGCGGAGACCGGCCUGCCUGCGGGCCUGGGGGGGUCCCGUGUGA